AUGUAUAUGGCGAGGAAAUCAAAAAUAUAUCAAACAUUUUAUAACAAUACAGAUAUUAAUGCUAAAAUAAUGAAACGUACAUAUUCACGUAGUAGGAGUGAUGAACCUUUAAGUGAUAAUACUUUUUCUGGUAAUGAUGAUGAUGAUAAUAAUAACGAUAUAAUGGUUAAUAGAUGGACUUCUAAUCGUUUUAAUGAUAACACUAUUAAGAAUAAUGCCAAUAGAAUUAGUAUACCUAGCUCACAAUUAGAUGCUGGUGCCAGCAUCGAGUUAAGCGAUUUGGAUAGUUCUGUGAUGCAAGAAUUGGAAGAAAGAGGAAUUAUAGAGUCUAUCCCAUCUUCACCACGAAAAAGACACAAAACAACUAAGAAUCGUUCCAAAAAUAAUAAUGAAGUUGUAUUGACUCAAAAUAUAAAUGAUGAAAAAAUAUGUGAAUUAAAAAGAGAAAAAUCCACCACAAAAGAACUUACAGAAACUAUAUCUACUUGGAUAUCAUUAAAUGCCAAGAUUAAUCAAUGUGAAGAUGAAGAACAAGAGGCAAAAGAAAAAGAAAGGGAGCUGGCAUCUUCUCCAGGUAGAUCAUCAUUACGAUUUGAACAAGCUGCUGAGGAAGCUGUUGAAGAAGCAGCUAGGGAAACCUAUGUCCAGAAGUUACUCAUACGUAAAAGAAACGGUGCCUUAUAUCAGCUACCGCCAGUUCUUUUCCUUGAUGAUUUAAUUGAAAAAGUAGAACCAUAUAUAUAUGUGGCAAAAGAAAUUAUAGAUAGGAAGCGUGGUAGUAAAUAUUAUGGUGAUGCUAUCAAUGUAUUUAAAAAUUCUAAACGUGUCUCUUUAACUCAUGAAGAAUUUACCAGCAUUGAUAUGACCAAAUUCCAAGCUGGUUUUUAUGGUGUCAAGAGACAAUUGAGGGUAGGCGAUUUAAUAGCAGAAGAACUACGUCAAGACCUGCUUCGGUGUGGCUCACCGGUAGUGAAAUGGUGGGGGGUGGUUGACUAUUCUCGUUACGUGUUGGCCCCAGAGGUAUUAAUUCAUUUGUGUCUUGAAGAAGUAUUUCUGAAUAAGAAAAAUAUACACUAUGCCAAGAAUAAAAAAAAGGACGAGAUGGAUCUUCUCGAUGAUGCAUAUACAUUGUUUGAAGAUACUAUCGAAUUUGGUUCUAUAGUGGCAGACACAGACCCUUUAGAACGAUGGGAGGAACAAUCUGAGAUAGACGAAUUGAAGCGUCUAAAACUUGAUCAUGAAAAGUACGGUAGUCGAUGUUGGCGUUGA